GCAGCUGCAGAAAUAGCCCCAUUUGCAUGUAUGAAUGAAGGUCUGAAAUUCUAGCGACGAUAAAAAGGAUUGAAAGGUCAUUUUCCCAAAAGCAAGAUAAAUGCCCCCAAAAAWUAAAACAGCAGAAGAAAGCGAAUUUGAACCAGAAUGCAAGCGAAGCCGGCCCGACCUCGAAAACGAAGGUGAUUUGAAAAUCGCCGAUGAGAUCUCACCAAAAAAGGCAGACAAUGGCUCGACCGAGGAGAAUUCUGUUUCAGAACAGAACUCUAAAGCUGAAUCAGGAAAUAAGAAGACAAAAGAAGAAAAGUGUGGUGCUUUAUUGCUGUGUGGAGGGACUAACUGGGACUUAGCUGGGAGAAAAGAGUUGCCCAAAUCAGCMAAAAAUCUUGGUGGACCCAAUUUAUGGGAACCUCAUGUCAUUUCAACAUUAUCUGGCAUWAGRAUACGRCAUGUUGCAUCUGGUCCUUCYGCUUGUCAUAGUGUGAUUAUUACCGAGAGUGGAACUGCUAUGAGUUUUGGCCGUAAUGACAAAGGUCAACUAGGGCAUGGUACCACUGACCGCUGUGAUAAACCAAAAAUUAUUGAGAGAUUGAAGUAUUACAAUAUAACCCAGGCCAGUUGUGGAAAAGGUCACACUCUAGUUCUUACUGAUGAUGGAAGAGUGUUUGGCUUUGGUGAGAAUAGACUUGCACAACUUGGACAAGGUCACCAAAAAGCUGUUUUACCCCACCCUAUGCAGGUUAUGCAUCCUAACAAUAAAACAGUCAUCAAAGUGGCCUGCGGUGCUGAAUUUAGCAUGUUCGUUGAUGAAGAAAACAAUCUCUUCUCAUUUGGAAGUCCUGAACAUGGCCAACUAGGUCACAACACAGAUGGGCAGUACAUUGUAGCAUCAAAUAAACUUGGCUAUCAGUGCGAACUUCUACCAAGAAAGCUCAACGUUUUUGUUGAGCGGAAUAGAGAGGGAUUUGUCAACGUUGUUGAAAAUGUUAAAGUGGUUGACUUGGCCUGUGGAAACCAUCACUCGAUGAUUCGAGAUAGCCAAGGGCGUGUCUUUACAUGGGGGUUUGGUGGUUAUGGCCGACUGGGGCACCAACAACCCAAAGAUGAGCAUGUACCUCGUCUGCUUGCAUUCUUCAAUAACAGAGGCAGCCCAUCAUCCAUAUUUGCAGGAUCGGCGUACUCCAUGUGUGUCAGUCAAGGUCAAUUGUAUUUCUGGGGGCAGACAAAGCCAUCAGGAGAGGCCGCCAUGUACCCWAAACGAGUCGAGGACCUUAGUGGCUGGGAUGUAAGAAGCGUUGGUUGCUCGAAAACCAGUAUUGUGGUCGCUGCUGAUGAGAGUGUUGUCAGCUGGGGACCAAGCCCCACAAGUGGUGAACUGGGCUAUGGACUGAAAAAAGGUGGAUCCAAGUCUUCAACGCGUCCACAGAUCGUAGAACCGCUAGAGGGUGUAUAUGUGUAUUCAGUUGCGUGUGGAUUAUCUCAUACCCUGUUCAUUGCACGUGACGACAAACCAGAAGACAAAGAAAAUCUUUCUAAAGUCCCAGUUUAUGAACCGAGCGAGCUUUGACGUCAUUGAGAGGUUGCCAUGGUGACCUUGACGAGAAACCCGAUUAAAUCCCGCGGGAAAGGUGAUUCUUUCGGGAUUGGCUGAACUUAAAGAGAGAAGGUCAGGACAACGGUGCAAAAAAGGGGGAUUUUUGAGGGGGAAGGGUAUAUAUCCCAUCAUGCCACCUGCUUUUUCCAUUGUUUUGACCUCCUCUUUUUGAAGCUUUAUUGUUCAUGUACAGCAGCAACACUAAACGCUGGUUGAUUUGUUGWGGGCUCAUUUUGCAUAGUCCGCUAUGGACGGGGUUCCUGUGGUGGGAAGGCAUAGGAACCCCAUUUCUGGCUGGAAAGGAGAGAGUUUUCAACACAUACAACUUUUUUUUGGCCAUAAAUUAUGACUUAAUUCGUCCAAAUUGAGUAAAAGGUUUGAAAAGGAUAGGAUAGUGUGUGGUUUGCAUGCAGCUUUUCGUAGUUUCUACAUCGUUCCUGUUCCUAAUAACGCUUCUUACCGCACUUAAAUGAAAAAAACAUCGGAAAAUUAGAGUCUUGAUGCUAUCUUGAGUUUAAUUCGGAGAAAUUAAGGUAGUUUUUGCUUGCGGUCAAGGCGCUAGUUUUCUUCGACUAUCACUUUCGCUAUUGAAAAGCCGCAACCUCACUUAUAAGAACACAGGAUUUGCUUUACGUCGUUACUUAAACGCUGAAAAAAACGUAAGAUAUCCGUUAAGAGGGCCUCGUCAACACUAGUACAUUUUCGCUGCGUUGUGUUUUUCAUUCAUUUUGAGGAUGGUAAGACACGAAAACGCAAAUCUGAGAACUUUCAUUCUACGCGCCUUAUAUUCUAGUCAAACAUUCCRCARGGGUCGAUAACAAUUGCACAAUUUUCCAUCAAUUGUACAAUCAUUCCUUACAAUCAAUGAUAAUUAAACUUGAUCAAAAUUUAUAUGAUUGUCAGGCCCUGUUUUUCCUGCGCAUCGGCCUUGCUCAAGCAAUAUGAAUGGUUUURCAUGGCUAUGGCAUCAUUUUCACUUCGAAUUUCCUCGCGUUGAAUUGAAAAGCGCGCGGCUUUGKAGAGCAGUUUACGUAGUAGACUUAAAACCAAAGCUCUGCGUUUCUUUUCAAUAUCAAAUUAGCUUCGACUUAACAGAGAUCGUUUUCAAACUGCAUCCUACCGAAACUCUCGCUUUUCCAGUUCAAAUUUUCCAUGUUCGCUUGUAAAAAGAAUUUAUUUAAACAUGAAUAUGUAAAGAGAACUUAUGUUUGUUGAAAUUGUUAUGACUUAAGAUAAAUUAGAAGUUAUAGAUCGAAGGCACUAUCUAUAUUACGUUUGUUGAUAAUGUUUUAUUUAUGUUCAAGUUUUGAUAUAUGAGAUCAGAGUUCGUGGUGUACCCUUAAUUACAAGAAAAAUUCCUUGCAAAAAUUAAUGRGCCAUAGUCCWCCAGCAUCCCUUUCGAGCGUUUGUUUAUGUUUAAAAAUAAAAAUACAUCGUAAUAUAAGCAAAAACUUACUUUUUAUUAUACCUUUAAAUGAAUGGAGAUAUUGUAAGAUUCGACCUUAAAGCCGACGUAUGGAAACGGAUUGCGAAUGGAUAUUCGAAGUCACUUCGUUUCUCGUAAAUGAAAAAUCGUAAACACGACCGCAUUGAAUGCUGGUUGACCAUAGCGCUUUAAGCAUUUUACCACAAUCUGAUWCUAGGAUAGUGGAACUUAUUAAUUUUUGUGUGACAAGGUUUUUUGCAAUAAGGUUUGUACACCAAGGUUAAGAAACUUCGCAUUUCAAAGGAAAAUUACACAUCAUAGAGUAUAGAUUUAAGUGGUUUCUCUGUCAUCCAUAAAAAAAUGUCUAAUCUUCCGAAUGGUUUUCAUAACUGAACCCAAGAAAUAAACUUUGGCAUACUACAAUUUUUCACGCUUUAUUUUUCACGCUUUUCGUUGUCUUUUCUGAGUACAACACUUUAUCACACUUUGUUUCACGGGUUUUUGUUCUUUCUCUAAACCCGUGAAAUACAAUUUAGCGUAUUUUUUUAUAUCAUUCUUAAACGGGUUUAUGAAAACCGCUCUGAAAGAAACAGUUUAGUUGAGGUCUACUACAAGCUGAUUCCGUCAUGGUCGAUGGAAAAUCACUUAUAAAGUAAAACAGACCAAUAGACAUAAAAAAUACCAUAUUUCCAUCGCAAUAUCGUGGUUUUCACGCUUAACUCUAUUUAAACGAGUUUUCCUUUUAUGAAUUUUUGUUUCAUUUCUUCCUAUUUCAUUUUUUGAUCGCAUUUUUUGUAAUGAUCGCACAUUUGUUUAAUGUAUUUACUAUCGUUGCAUUUCAACCUGAUUUAUUGACAAAUAAUUAAAGAUAUUUAAAAUAUGAA